AUGAUCGACCAUGUGGAGAGCAAAGUUUACAAUAAUGGUCCGAGCUUGACAGGAGCAUCGAAAAUGGGUUCAGAAAAGCUUCCCCUCAGAAAUAUUGGUAUCUACCACAAUCUUCCCGACUACGAUUCCUCAAUCACUGACCAGCAUGUCAUCAUUACUGGGGCGAACGGAAUAUCUGGAUUUGGCACGAUGCGUGCCUUACUGGACGCUCCUCAACGAUGGACAAAAAUCUAUGCACUAUCUCGACGACCUCCACCCGAGCAGAUGAUGAAGCUGCUCACAGCCGAACAAAGGAGUCGUGUUCAGCAUGUGGCCUGUGAUUUCCUUGAGUCCGGUGAGAAAAUCGCUCAGGCACUCAAGGACGCGAAUGUGAAGGCAGAUUAUAUCUUCUUUUAUUCGUAUCUCCAGCCGAAACCACCGAAAGGAGCUGCUGCUUGGAGUAAUGCCGACGAAUUAGUGAAGGUCAAUGUCGCAUUACUCAAGAACUUCUUGGACGCUCUUCCAUUGGCUGGCAUCAAGCCAAAGCGGUUCCUAUUACAAACAGGAGCAAAGAAUUAUGGCGUGCAUAUCGGACGUGCAAGAACUCCUGCUGUGGAGUCUGAUCCUCAACCACAACAUCUUGAACCAAACUUUUACUACCCUCAGGAAGAUGCCCUUCACAAGUACUGUGAAGCAAACGGAGUUGACUGGAAUAUCGUCAUGCCGGCAUGGAUUCUAGGUGCAGUCAACAAUGCACAGAUGAACGCGUUGCAUCCUUUCUCAGUGUAUUCAGCCGUACAGGCUCACAAAGGGGAGCCUCUAGCUUUUUUUGGUGACUGGAAUGCAUGGCAGGAUCUGAGUUUUCAUUCAACUGCUCGCCUGACCGGCUACCUGAGUGAAUGGGCUGUGCUCGAGGAGAAAUGCAAGAAUCAGCGUUUCAACUCCACUGACAGUGGUCCCUUCAGCUGGGACAGGUUCUACCACGAGCUCACUCGUUGGUUCGGCGUCGAAAAGGGGGUAGUCCCUCCCACUGAGGACGACAGCAAGUACCAGGAGAUGACAGGUCGAUCAGGCAAGGACACACCAUUAGGUUAUGGGCCUCCUACCAAGAUCAGAGCUUCAGGGACAUUCACAGCGUGGGCGCAGGAUCCAAAGAACUCUCAGGCAUGGGCGGAGAUCAUGAAACAAUCGGGCGGUCACCUUACACACAACCCUUUCGACGACGUAGAGGCCAACUUUACCUUCGCCGACUAUGCAUUCCUGCCUAUGAUGUUAUGCCCGAAUAAAGCACGUCUUCUUGGCUGGACCGGAUUCGUAGACACGAUAGAAUCAGUCUUCGAGAUGUAUCAUGAGAUGGAGACUUUGGGCAUGGUGCCGAGAAUGAAAGUUGAAAAACCAAGACCACUUGCCUAG